AUGGUCAAGGUCGCAGUCGCAGGAGGCGCCGUCGGCGGCAUCGGCCUCUACAUCGUCGAGGCCAUCGUCGAGGCCGGCAACCACGAUGUCGUCGUCCUCUGCCGCCGCGCGAGCCACCACCCCGUCCUCGACAAACUCGGCGUGCCCAUCGUCGCCACGCGCUAG